CGGCCGGGGCCGGGACGAUGACUCUGGAGUCCAUGAUGGCGUGCUGCCUCAGCGAUGAGGUGAAGGAGUCCAAGCGGAUCAACGCCGAGAUCGAGAAGCAGCUGCGGCGGGACAAGCGCGACGCCCGGCGCGAGCUGAAGCUGCUGCUGCUCGGCACGGGCGAGAGCGGCAAGAGCACGUUCAUCAAGCAGAUGCGGAUCAUCCACGGGGCGGGCUACUCAGAGGAGGACAAGCGGGGCUUCACCAAGCUCGUGUACCAGAACAUCUUCACUGCCAUGCAGGCCAUGAUCCGCGCCAUGGAGACCCUAAAGAUCCUGUACAAGUACGAGCAGAACAAGGCCAACGCGCUCCUGAUCCGCGAGGUAGAUGUGGAGAAGGUGACGACGUUUGAGCACCGCUAUGUGCACGCCAUCAAGACCCUGUGGGAUGACCCUGGCAUCCAGGAGUGCUACGACCGCAGGCGGGAAUACCAGCUCUCGGACUCCGCCAAGUACUACCUGGCCGACGUGGACCGCAUCGCCACCUCAGGCUACCUGCCCACCCAGCAGGACGUGCUGCGGGUCCGUGUGCCCACCACUGGCAUCAUCGAGUACCCUUUCGACCUGGAGAACAUCAUCUUCAGGAUGGUGGACGUGGGAGGCCAGAGGUCAGAGCGGAGAAAGUGGAUCCACUGCUUUGAGAACGUGACGUCCAUCAUGUUCCUUGUGGCCCUGAGUGAAUAUGACCAAGUGCUGGUGGAAUCGGACAAUGAGAACCGCAUGGAGGAGAGCAAAGCCCUCUUCCGGACCAUCAUCACCUACCCCUGGUUCCAGAACUCCUCGGUCAUCCUCUUCCUCAACAAGAAGGACCUGCUGGAGGAUAAGAUCUUGCACUCCCACCUGGUGGACUACUUCCCCGAGUUCGACGGGCCGCAGCGGGAUGCGCAGGCCGCCCGGGAGUUCAUCCUGAAGAUGUUUGUGGACCUGAACCCCGACAGCGACAAGAUCAUCUACUCGCACUUCACGUGUGCCACUGACACAGAGAACAUCCGCUUCGUGUUCGCGGCUGUCAAGGACACCAUCCUGCAGCUCAACCUGAAGGAGUACAACCUGGUCUGA